AUGAGUCUCGGUGUGAGAAUGCAGCUUCUCUUACCUGUCGUUUGCAUACUUUCUACUCUACCAGCAUCCUCAGAAGGCCGCCUCGCGGUCGAGGGACUACAGCCAAAAACUUCAUCGGUCGGCAAAUCCGUAGCCUUCCUCUGUACGUUGGCAGAGGGCAGGAACGCGAGAUUCACUUGGACCAAGAACGGAAUACUCUUGCAUGACGACGCAAGAAUUCAAAUUGUGAACCUGCGCAGAACGUCAACUUUGAACAUCGACGAUGUUGAGGUCUCAGAUAGAGGCGUAUACACUUGUACUGCGAACGACGCGGACUCAGAGGAUAGGCAGAGCACAACGCUGUCUGUCGAGGAGAGAGUGCGAGUCGAAGCGCUCACUCCAAAGAGGACAGCGGCAGGCCGCCGUGUGACUUUUACUUGUACGGCUUAUGAAGGAGAUUCCGCGAGGUUUUCAUGGACUCGCAAUGGGAAGAUAAUUCAGACUGGCUCCGAUCGAUUCGACAUCGCGACCAGCGAAGGAAGUUCGAUGCUUACCAUAAAAAGCGUGACAAGCGAGGAUUCUGGGGAUUUCACUUGCAUCGCUAGUAAUGAAGGGUCAGAAGAUCGCAGCACGGCCUACCUCACGGUUGAAGGUCGUCUAUCCAUUGAGCCACUUCAAGCCAAAACUGCUGCGGCUGGACAGUCGGUUGUGCUUCACUGUGUCCUCGCGAAGGGUAGGAGCGCGAAAUUCACCUGGUCGAAAAAUGGCCUUCUUCUCCACGAGGAUGCGCGAGUUCAAAUCAUCAAUCUCCGUAGAACAUCGACUCUCAAUAUCGAUGAUGUCGAGUCCUCGGACAGAGGCGCCUACACUUGCACGGCCGCCGACGAAGACUCAGAGGACAGACAGAGUGCGAACUUGACCGUGGAAGGUAAAUGCUUGCGCUGUGAGAUAUUGAACCUCGACAUCGAGUUCAGACGUUGCUGUCCCUUGGAUAGCUCGAUAUCAUCAGCAUGGUUCCUCGAGGGUCCUCGUGCGAUCUCAAUGUCUUCUAGCGGAAAAAUCCACGCUGCCAAGUACGUCAAACACGACCCGUAG